UUCAGUUGUAUUCAACUGAACAAUGGCAUACGUGAAACUAUUUGCAGCCACUUUGUUGGCAUUUUUCGUUGGCACUGAGUGUCAACUAAGAGUUGGUCUUGGACGAUAUGAUGUUACCGGUCCCAGUGUAGAAGUUCCAUUUAUGGGAUAUGGAAGUAUGACACAAAGAGGUAUCGGUAUUCAUACUCGUCAAUAUGCUCGUGCAUUCAUUAUUGAAGAUGGAUCAGGAAAUCGAGUUGUUUUCGUAAAUGGAGACAUCAGUGCAUUUACACAUCCAAUGAAGAGAGAAAUCACUAGACGUCUCCGUCUCAGAUUCGGCGAUUUGUAUACCAUUGAUAACAUCAUGUUGGCUCCAACACACACUCAUGGUGGACCAGGUGGCUACCAUCAAUUGGUGUUGUAUGAUAUCACCUGUCUUGGUUUUAUUGAGGAGACAUUCAAUCCCAUCGUCAUCGGAGUUGUCGAAGCUAUAACAAGAGCUCACAACAACAUGCAGGCAGGUCGCGCUUUCUACAGUGAAGUUCCAAUCGAGGACUUUGGUAUCAACCGUUCGCCUGCUUCUUAUUUGGCUAAUCCAGCGUCUGAACGAGCCCGGUAUAGCGAAAAUAUUGACCGAAAUUUACAACAAAUUAAGUUCGUCAACGCAAAUGAUGACGUCAUUGGGGCGUUCCAUUGGGUUGCAACUCACGCCGUAUCGAUGAACAAUACAAACUAUCUCAUUUCGUUCGACAAUUUGGGCUAUGCAUCCUAUCUAUUGGAACAAGAGUUCAAUCCAGGCCAUUUGGUUGGUAGAGGACCCUUCGUUGGCGCUUUUAGUACCUCCAAUUCUGCGGACAUCAGUCCGAAUAUUUUGGGGCCGAGAUGUUAUAGAAAUGGUGGUGAAUGUGAUACAUUGACUUCAGCGUGCCCAGCUGAUGAUGUGUGCAAGGCUGAAGGACCGGGAGAAACUGACAAAGAAAACACGAGAAUUAUUGGAGGUAACAUCUUCAAAGCUGCCCUAAUUGGCCUAAGAUCGGAACCUCAACGUGAGCUCACCGGAAACGUUGGUUUCGUUCAUCAAUUUGUUGAAAUGCAUCGCCAGACUGGAACUUGGUUCAAUCCAACAACACAACGGAAUGAAUCUUUCAGAGGAUGUUUGCCAGCAAUGGGAACCAGUUUUGCUGCUGGAACAACUGAUGGACCUGGAGCCUACUCUUUCUUUGAACAGGGUGACACAACUGGAAAUCCUUUCUGGCAACUCGUCGGAAAUGCGCUACGUCCACCAACUCGCGACGAUCGUGAUUGUCAAAGACCGAAACCUAUUCUUCUGAUGACUGGUGGUAUGAGCUGGCCAUACUUAUGGCAGCCGCAAAGUCUUCCAACUCAGGUACUAAAAAUUGGAAGCGCUGUUAUUUUGGGCGUAGCUUCUGAGAUUACAACAAUGGCUGGUCGUCGGCUACGUGAUACAAUUACAGAAAUUGGCCAAUCAAUGGGCGAAGAUCUUGUAGUUUUACCUACAGGAAUGGCAAAUAUGUACGCGAGUUAUGUUGUAACGUUUGAAGAAUUUCAAGUUCAAAGAUACGAAGCUGGAUCAUCACCGUAUGGACCACACACACUCACAAUUUACCAACAGACAUUCCAACGAAUUUUUACAGCUCUAAUGAAUGGACAAACUGUACCAGCAGGUCCAACACCUAGAGAUGAAAGUCGUAGUCAGCUAACUUUCUUGACGCCGGUUGUUAUGGACACUGGACGAUUUGGAAGAGUUGUUGUUGAACCUAGGGCAACAUAUAACAGACAUCAAGUAGUUUUCACAACGUUCGUUGCUGGUAAUCCGAGGAACGAUCUUAUGACGGAAGGCUCAUACUUCUUUGUGCAACAACUACAGACCAACGGAACAUGGAGGGAUGUUGUAACGGACGCUAAUUGGGAAACGAAAUUCAUUUGGAGAAGAGUCAGUACACUCUUGGGAACAAGUGAGAUAGACUUUUAUUGGACCAUUCCAGCAAAUGUCGAAAAUGGUACAUAUCGUGUCAGACACGUCGGAGCUUCAAGAGGAGCAUUCACUGGAGUUCGUCGAUACGAUGGAAAUACGAGAAUAUUCACAAUUAACUAAUGUUUUGAAUCUUUCUCUGAAUACAUUUUACUAAAAUGAA